UUCCACUCAGUCACUUCUGUUGGACUGCGGGGAGGGAACCUUCGGGCAGCUCUGCAGGCAGUACGGAGACGAUGUGGACCAGGUCCUGUCCAAGAUCUCAACCAUCUUCAUCUCCCACAUGCACACAGACCACCACAUGGGGAUGCUAAGGCUGCUGUACCAAAGGCAACGAGCUCUGAGCAGUUUAGGAAAGCCUUUCAGCCCCGUGUUCCUGCUGGCUCCGCAUCAGAUCAUGACGUGGCUCAGUCAGUACCACAACCACUGUGAGGAUAUCCUCAGUCACGUCAG